GAUGGGGGGACUGUCUGUCAGACGGCUGCACGGCCGCAAAAACAGACGAUGUACAGAUGCCGCCAGGCGGCGAACGUACACGUGCGACGGUUUUUUUUUUCUUUUUUUCCUCACGAUUGCAAUGUCCAAGAGGCCGUCCGCUUCGCGGAGCGAAGCCUUGGACGACAUCUCCGUCUGGGACACGGAAGAGGUGCUGUGCCUGCUGCGCAAGAACGGACUGGAGGAAUGUUGCAACGCGGUGGCGAAACGGCAAAUCGACGGCGACGAAUUGCUACACUUGACGGAUGGGAAGCUGGCUCUCUGGAAGAGUGACCUCACGCGUCCGCUGAUAGGAAAAUUAUGGGCUUUUGUGCAAGAACUGAACAAAUUUCCGGAAAAAUAUCUACCGAAUAAAAUUACAGAAGCGCAACACAACGAUGAUCACUUGAGUGAUAGCGGUUCCUGGGGAACUGAUUUCGAUGAUGAAGCGCCAGAAGAAAACAAUUCCUUGGGCGAUACGCAAGUGAUUGUAAAACCGAGUUUGAUCAAGAACAAACAGAUUCUAUUUUCGCAGAAUAAUAGAAUACCGAUUAGUAGGAUACCGAUGCGAUCGUCAAAAAAAAUAGCAAAACCGAAGGAGGAAGAGACUUACGCCAAUUGCGAAUCUUCCUGUCAAAACGAAGAGGAAAAUAUAUAUGCGAAUUUCCAAGAGAUGACGUUACCGUCGACAAGAAAUAUCUCGAGGUUGCACAGCCAAAUAGAGAAAACUUUGGCAGAGAAGCUGAAGGAGGAGUUGAAGCGCAGAAAUGACCAGCCGGCGAAGAAACCGGCGAUUGUUCCGAAACCGGAGGCAUUGCCGUCGCGGAAAAUUCCGAUGACAGCUUCUGGCAAAAGACUUCCGCAGAAAUCCUUUCUGCACAAUGCGCCGAAGACACAUCAACACAUUCCUAAUGAUCAAAGCAAAGCACAAAGAAGGAUGGCCGUGCCACCGCCGCCGGAACCCAAGAGAAACAAGGAUUACACGUCUGUGGAGACCAAGAAAGGAUCCGACAAAGAGUUACCGAAACCACCGCCGGCCACCAUAAGAAAUUUUGAUCUCGUGGCGAAUUUGCCGGCGCGAACGGAGGAGAGCGAGGACGAGUAUGAAACAUUCGACGAUAACAUCAUCGAGCAAGUGCAACAGAAGAGUGAGAUCUCGCGAGUCGAUAGCAAGCAGUCGUUGCACAGCGGUCGUCAGGGAUCAGUCGAGAGCGUUUAUAAACCGCCUAGCGCUGCGAGCCACGAGGAAGAGGAGGAUUACGAGAUUUAUGAGUCUAUUACGGAAACGCCGGAGGACAAUGGUUAUUUGAGCCCCAUUCAAAGAACAAACGAAACUCAACAAGAACCGCCUCCUUUACCUGCUAAACUGUCGCCGAUCCCAUCGCCCUCGACUUUUCCUAGUAGAACCAAAUCGGAGAAGCACGAAGAACGAUCGCCGGAUAAAAAAUCAGCCACAUUACCUCAUGCCGGCAGUAAUACGUCGCUGUCAACCGAAAGAGCCACGCGACCGCUUCCGCCGCCACCCGACAGACAAUCUUAUGUAGACAAACCGUGGUACCAUAAUGUAACGAGGGAACAGGCGGCUGUACUCAUUAAAGAACAAGGUACUUACAGUAACCCACAAGAUGGAUAUUUUUUAUUGAGACCAUCGACGACGAACAUUGGUAAUCCUUUAGCUUUGGUCCUUUGGUAUAGAGACAGGGUUUACAAUGUUCCAGUUAGAAAGAGAAUUGACAAUAGAUAUGCACUGGGCACCGCAAAAGUGAACGAGCUGUCUUUUUCGACAAUUGAUGAGAUUGUGGCGUUUUACAUGAAGGAGGAACUGAUGCUCUAUAGUGGCGGUAUGCAAAUCGGAAGCACGAAAUUAACUGACACUCCACCAAAGUAAUUUUUGCUAUGAUCAGUCCUACUGUAAAUGUGAAGGAGAAAUAUUUAUCAAUAAUCUCGAUGUAUAUAAGAAUUUUAUGUGACAUAUAUUAAUACUGCCGAACAAACAUUUUUGCUAGACAUUGCAACAGUAUCCAAAUGCGUAGAUAGAUAGAUUAAUGGACUGAUGAACAAAACUUUAAACAGUGCCUUUUUGGUGUCUUCAUAUAUUAAAAAAAAUAUACAUAUAUUUAAAUGGA